UGAAGCUUGCGAAUGGUUAUGCUGUGGUUUAAGAGAUGAUUCAAACCGCAGUAUUAGCCACUGGACUUGGAUUUUCCAGAGUGUUGAUUCAUCUCGCGUCUAGUGACGAUGCUGAGACGAGAGAAACUGCUCUUCGUGUAUUUCUCGAGCUUUCAAAAAACAAUGGAAGUGGGUGUAGCAGCAUAGAGAAAGGGGAUGAGAAGCUGAGGCAGCUUCUAGAAGAGCUGAGGAUCUUGAAACGGUUAAAGAAGAGAGACAGCUCGUGGAUGUACUGUGGAGUGUUUGCUACAAUGAACAUUCUUCUUUCAGAGAGAAAGGUCUUCUUGUUUCCUGGUGAAGACGAGUUGCCUCCUGAUGUGGCAAGCAAGCUCUUGGAGCUGAGAAGAAAGAAUAACCUGUGAAACUACUUUGACCAACACCAUAGACGAUAACUUGAAGCUAAACUUUAUGCUUUUGUUGUCUUGUAACAUUUAAAAUUUUCAGACAAGACUUAUACUUUCACUGUGAAGAUUCUAAUAUUUAUGUAACGGUAAACUUCUGUUUUUUUAUAAUUUAAAAUCUUUAUUCCUA